AUGGAGAGGCAUCAUGAGGGGGGCUGCGAAGAGCUGAAAAGCUUCUUGCGAUUGCUCGGAAAAGAGAUCAAGGACUUGGACGAUGCUGAUGAAGAGACAUAUGAUCUCUACGCCCAAGACCUGCCUUCAUCAGAUCUGGGGAUCAUCGAUCCCAAGACCGCCGAAUUGCAACUCACCGUGGCCGGUCGAGAGCUCACGAUCCAUCAAUCACCGGGAAUCCUUUCCUCGGCCCGUGCCGGAGGAACUACCGGAGCCGGUGCUCCCUCGUCGUCUCUAUCUUCGAUGACAACAUCGACAACGACAACAACAGUAAUCGAACUAGGCGCCGGCACCUCCGCCAUCGUCGGCCUUUUACUUGCCCCCCGCGUUGGUAGGUACGUCCUCACCGACCAGGCGUACGUCUCCAAGCUGGUGGAGCGCAACAUCAAUGAGAACUGGUCGUCUGUAGUGCAGCAGCAGCAGCAGCAGCAGCAGCAGCAGCAGCCGUCUUUCGUCGGGAGCGGUGGGGGUGGUGGUCAGGGUGGGAAGGGCAAGAAAGGAGGAGGAAAAGGGUCGAAGAAAGCAUCAUCAUCAUCGUCAUCAUCAUCAGCAACAGAAGAGAAGGGACCGGGAGAGAGAUUGGUUUUCAGGGCACUAGACUGGGAGCAGGAUACGCCCACCUCCUCACUUGCUCAGCCGGUUGCUGCGAGUUUCGAUCUGGUGGUUGCUUGCGAUUGCAUCUACAACGAGGCGCUGGUCGAUCCCUUCGUUACCACCUGCGUGGAUAUUUGCAAGCUACGCGGCAGCGGCAGCACCACCACCACCGAUAAUGGGGGGAGGCCAACGGUGGUAGUGGUGGCCCAAGUACUCAGAAACUCGGACGUCUUCGAGGCGUGGAUAAAGCGAUUCGUGCAGGAUUUUCGGUGUUGGAGGGUGCCUGAUGACCUGAUGAUUGAUGGGCUGAAGAGUGAGGGCGGAGGUGGGGGAACAUCGGGGUUUGUGGUGCAUGUUGGUGUUUUGAGGGAGGGGAAUUGA